UUUUUUUAAGAAAAAAGGUGCACUUGAAAGAAAACACAGCCCUACCCACUUCCAAGUCUGUGGCAAGUUACCGGUCAAACAUCUGUCUCAGGCCAGUGAGUGAUUAGUCCUGGAUCUGAGGAGAGACAGUCUGCCCUUUUUGAUUCUGCAGAUGUGAGUAGCGGGACUUUUGUUUGUGCUGCAGGUGGACCAUCGGUGGCAGUAGCAGCAGCUACAGUGGCUCUUGUUCCAGAUCCAGAUCAUUGUCCCUGAAUGUGAGCAGCGUCUCCUCAGUGUCCAGCACCUCUUCGCGCAUGAGCUCAGUGCAGAGCAUGGACUCAGGUGACAUGUAUGCCAACCUGGCCAGCCCUGGGUCCUCAGCCAACUCACAGUCCUGCACCCCAGUCCAGACCAAGAAGGAGAAAGGAACAGGGGCUCCUUGUGUGUUGGUGUUUGGCUGCAGAGGAGAGGCUGGCCCUUUGUGGAGAGAGGGGUCGUGUAGCCUCUGUCAGCACUGUGUGCAGCUGGUCAGACAACAUGGUGACCUGCCAGUUUUGUUCCUGUGCACACGUUGCCUGCUUCAUAAUGCACCUCUCCACCAGGCUGCACUCUGAAACCACUGUGUGAUGUCAGUGACCUUGCCCAAGUGAGCACUUCUUGUUGGCAAGAAAAAUCUAAAAAAGAAGACGGUGUUAAAGAGGGUAAGUGGAAAAGGAAUUCAUCCACACAGCCACCCAAAUCCUCGAAAUCUUCCACAGGCAGUAAAUCCUCCCAGCAGCCCACAACCCCCCAGCAGGCACCCCCCGGGCAGCCCCAGCAGGGUACAUUUAUGGCACACAAAGAGAUCAAGUUGACACUGCUGAACAAGGCUGCUCAUAAAGGGAGCAGGAAAUGGUAUGAGCCCUUGGACAAGGACAGGCAACGCCCUCCUCCAGCCAAGCGGGCCAACGUAUCCCCAGACCGAGGUUCUCGGGACCAGAAGUCAGGUGGGAGACUCAGCUCCCCAAAGCCAGAGCAGCAGAGGCCAGAGUUCCAAGGCUCCCGUGGCUUUGCCACAUGAGUGAAUGCCCCACCU